AUGGAUACAAACUGCUACCAGUGCUCUAAGCCGAUCAAAUCGCUUGAGUGCAUGCAAUGUAGUGGUUUUUGCAAUCAAGCGGCGCAUCUCAAAUGCGUUAGUCUGAAACGACCGAGUAUGGAUUUCGUGAACGAACACUGCAAUUUAUUAUGGUUCUGCGACAAAUGUAACGACUUGCUCAAAUUAGUGAGGAAUAAACCAAUGACUACGGUAAACGAUAUUGUAUCAGCUGUUUCCCAGGUUAUUCAUAGUUCGCUCUCGGAAUUGAAGGAGGAUUUACAUGAAACUAAACAGUUGACGAAAUCACUCACUGAAAAACUGCACUCUAAUGAUUUUGAACCAAAUCGUGAGAAACCCGUAUGGCCGAGGAUUAAGCGAACUCGUGACAAAUCGGAGCGGGAAACACCAAGAGCCCACCCGAGUACUAAACUUGUUAGUGGUACCAAAUCCGUAGAGAAACAGACACGGGCCGUUGAGACUGUGCCAAAACCACCGGAGAAAUUCUGGAUUUACCUGUCCAGGAUUGCCCGCCAUGUCACCGAGGAUGAUGUCUCUGAGCUAGUGAAAUCCUGUCUACAAACCGAACAAUCCGUGGAUGUUCGAAAACUCGUGCGAAAAGAUGCUGAUCUGAAUCAAUAUGCAUUUAUUUCAUUCAAAAUCGGAGUAGAUUUACAGCUGAAGGAAACGGCUUUGGAUCCAUCAAUCUGGCCUAAAGGAAUAUACUUCAGGGAAUUCGAGUCGCAGGAAACCAACAAGGAUUUUUGGGUACCAGCGAAACAUCCGCGGAUUGGCGAAGGAACCCCAGUAACAGCUUCAACGCAAUGA